AUGAAGCACCUCAACUACUGCACCAUCACAACUACUGAAGCAGACACUACUUCUGCAGCAGUCACAACCACUGCACCAGACACAACUACUGAAGCAUUCACAACUACUGCACCAGACACUACAACUGAAGCAGUCACAACCACUGUACCAGACACUACUACUGAAGCAGUCACAACUACUGCAUCAGACACAACUACUGAAGCAAUCACAACUACUACAACAGACACAACUACUGAAGCAGUCACAACUACUGCACCAGACAAUGCUACUGAGGCAGUCACAACUACUGAAGCAGACACUUCUACUGAAGCAGUCACUACUACUGCACCAGACACUACUACUGAGGCUGUCACAACUACUACACCAGAUACUACUUCUGAGGCUGUCACAACUACUGCACCAGACAAUACUACUGAGGCAGUCACAACUACUGCACCAGACACUACUAUUGCACCAGACAACACUACUGAGGCAGUCACUACUACUACACCAGACAAUAGUACUGAAGCAGUCACUACUACUACACCAGACACUACUAUUGAAGCAGUCACUAAUACUACACCAGACACAACUACUGAAGCAGUCACAACUACUGCACCAGACAUAACUACUGUACCAAACACUACAACUGAAGCAGUCACUACUACUGCACCAGACACUACUACUGAAGCAGUCACAUCUACUCUACUAGAAACAACUACUGAAGCAGUCACUACUACUGCACCAGACAAUAUAAUCACAACUACUGAAGCAGACACUACUUCUGCAGCAGUCACAACCACUGCACCAGACACAACUACUGAAGCAUUCACAACUACUGCACCAGACACUACAACUGAAGCAGUCACAACCACUGUACCAGACACUACUACUGAAGCAGCCUCAACUACUGCAUCAGACACAACUACUGAAGCAAUCACAACUACUACAACAGACACAACUACUGAAGCAGUCACAACUACUGCACCAGACAAUGCUACUGAGGCAGUCACAACUACUGAAGCAGACACUUCUACUGAAGCAGUCACUACUACUGCACCAGACACUACUACUGAGGCUGUCACAACUACUACACCAGAUACUACUUCUGAGGCUGUCACAACUACUGCACCAGACAAUACUACUGAGGCAGUCACAACUACUGCACCAGACACUACUAUUGCACCAGACAACACUACUGAGGCAGUCACUACUACUACACCAGACAAUAGUACUGAAGCAGUCACUACUACUACACCAGACACUACUAUUGAAGCAGUCACUAAUACUACACCAGACACAACUACUGAAGCAGUCACAACUACUGCACCAGACAUAACUACUGUACCAAACACUACAACUGAAGCAGUCACUACUACUGCACCAGACACUACUACUGAAGCAGUCACAUCUACUCUACUAGAAACAACUACUGAAGCAGUCACUACUACUGCACCAGACAAUAUAAUCACAACCACUGAACCAGACACUACUUCUGCAGCAGUCACAACCACUGCACCAGACACAACUACUGAAGCAUUCACAACUACUGCACCAGACACUACAAAUCAAGCAGUCACAACUACUGUACCAGACACUACUACUGAAGCAGUCACUACUACUGCACCAGACACUACUACUGAAGCAUUCACUACUACUGCACCAGACACUACUACUGAAGCAGUCACUACUACUGCACCAGACACUACAACUGAAGCAGUCACAACUAUUGUACCAGACACUACUACUGAAGCAGUCACUACUACUGCACCAUACACUACUAUUGAGGCUGUCACAACUACUGCACCAGAUACUACUUCUGAGGCUGUCACAACUACUGCACCAGACACUACAACUGAAGCAGUCACAACUACUGUACCAGACACUACUACUGAAGCACUCACAACUACUGCACCAGAUACUACUACUGAGGCUGUCACAACUACUACACCAGAUACUACUACUGAGGCUGUCACAACUACUGCACCAGACAAUACUACUGAAGCACUCACAACUACUGCACCAGACACAACUACUGAAGCAGCCACAACUACUGCACCAGACACAACUACUGAAGCAGUCACAACUACUGCACAAGACAAUACUACUGAAGCACUCACAACUACUGCAUCAGAUACUACUACUGAGGCUGUCACUGCUACUGCACCAGAUACUACUACUGAGGCUGUCACAACUACUGCACCAGACAAUACUACUGAAACACUCAUAACUACUGCACCAGAUACUACUACUGAAGCAGUCACAACUACUGCACCAGAUACUACUACUGAAGUAGUCACAAAAACUGUACUAGAAACAACUACUGAAGCACUCACAACCACUACAUCAUACAGUACUACUGAAGCAGCCUCAACUACUGCACCAGUAACAACUACUGAAGCAGUCACAACUACUGCACCAGACAAUACUACUGAAGGACUCACAACUACUGCACCAGAUACUUCUACUGAAGCAGCCGCAACUACUGCACCAGACACUACUACUGAAGCAGCCACAAUUACUGCAGCAGACACUAUUACUAAUGCAGUCACAACUACUGAAGCAGACACUACUUCUGCAGCAGUCACAACCACUGCACCAGACACAACUACUGAAGCAUUCACAACUACUGCACCAGACACUACAACUGAAGCAGUCACAACCACUGUACCAGACACUACUACUGAAGCAGCCUCAACUACUGCAUCAGACACAACUACUGAAGCAAUCACAACUACUACAACAGACACAACUACUGAAGCAGUCACAACUACUGCACCAGACAAUGCUACUGAGGCAGUCACAACCACUGUACCAGACACAACUACUGAAGCACUCACAACUACUGCACCAGAUACUACUACUGAGGCUGUCACAACUACUACACCAGAUACUACUUCUGAGGCUGUCACAACUACUGCACCAGACAAUACUACUGAGGCAGUCACAACUACUGCACCAGACACUACUAUUGCACCAGACAACACUACUGAGGCAGUCACUACUACUACACCAGACAAUAGUACUGAAGCAGUCACUACUACUACACCAGACACUACUAUUGAAGCAGUCACUAAUACUACACCAGACACAACUACUGAAGCAGUCACAACUACUGCACCAGACAUAACUACUGUACCAAACACUACAACUGAAGCAGUCACUACUACUGCACCAGACACUACUACUGAAGCAGUCACAUCUACUCUACUAGACACAACUACUGAAGCAGUCACUACUACUGCACCAGACAAUAUAAGUGAGGCAGUCACAACUACUGUACCAGUCACUACUACUGCACCAGACACUACAACUGAAGCAGUCACAGCUACUACAGUACUACUGAAGCAGUCACUACUACUGCACCUGGCACAACUACUGAAGCAAUCACAACUACUGUAG